CGUAAGUUGCCCAUUGCCCAUCACUUAUUACAAUUUUGUAACUUGUUGACGAUGAAGUGGUUGAAUUUUGUGAAACAAAUAAAAAGACUUUAAUUUCACAUAUUUAAAUUGUUUAUCUUCAUUAAAAUGUCUUCUAAUGAAAUAUCACAUCUUAAAGAAACCAUACAAGUUUUAAUAUCUGCUUGUGGUGAUAAAGAAGAGUCAGUGAACAACGAAGUUAUCAAAUCGCUAACCAAGGUCGCCGGUGUUUACCCAAACGAAGUUAUUGAAUAUUUUUGUACAUUCUAUAAAAAUACAGCUAAGAUUAAUCCUGUGCAGCUUGGAAAUAUUAUCAAGGUCCUAGAGCAGACAUGUGUGAACCACAUGAAGAGCAUCAAGUCCCCGCUGGCCACGGAGCUGGUGGAAGCGAUGCUGCAGGCCAUGACCUCCUCCGCAGACUACCAGCCCGCCGUUCAGAUGGGGGCCUCCGGUGUGCUGGUGGCCAUCGCUUAUGUGCAUCUUGAUUUAGUACUGCAGUCUCUUAUGUCCCGAGUCCCGGCGUCGUCACCGCCGCACUACAGCAUCCCGCACUCGCUGGGCUCGCUCGCCGCCGUCAACACCGCGCUCAUUGUGCCCUUCGUCAAGGAUAUCCUGGCCAAACUGCUGCCGUUGCUGACGUUAGUCAGGGUGGAUGGGACGAAGCAGGCUUUUGCUUUUGCCUUCGGUCAUUUUGCUGUGGCCGUAUCAGAGCAAAUUGGAGACAACGUCGAAAACGACAACAUUACGUCUAUCAAGGACAAUUUCGUCGUAGAAUUCUCAUUAAUAUUCGACGUGCUAUACAACCAGUGGCUACAUUCUUCUGAAGCUAGAGUCACCGAGUCCGUAUUAGAGGCAUUAGGACCGAUAACGCGAUUGAUUUCAGAACGAAAGUUUGAUGAGACGGUCAACAAACUGAUGCUUACACUGCUGGCUCUGUACCGCAAACCGCAACUAAACUCGUACUACAUAAGCCAAUGUAUAUCGUACCUGCUCACUCCAUCGGCGCUCAACCCAAAGUUGACGUUACUGGAGAAUGUGAUCAACUCGACCAACCAUACCCUGUUCACUAUGAUUGUCAUAGAGCCGGAUUUCGACCAGCCUCAGAGUGUGAAGAAUUACUUUGAAGUUCUUCGUUGCUUCGACCACAUGGCCAGUCAGUUCCCCGACACCACCAUAGAAGGGCUCCUUCUACAGUGCAAGAAUAACCAACUUAGAGACAGAAUGAAAGCCGUCAUCAUCUUGACGCAUCUGACAACGUCGUCGCAGGUUUUCAUUGAUAAAUACGCACCCAAAUUCAUCGCCAUUCUAAAGGUAAUGACGACUAUGGAACAAGAUCUGAAGAUGAAGAAGUUGAUUGCGAAAGCUAUCGUAGGAUUGGUUUACAGGAACUGUUUGGUGUCCGCCGAAGAUUUCAGUAUGGUCGAGUUUAUAAUCAAGCACUGCAAUAGUGACCCCUCGGUUGUAGGCACUAAGGCAGACGUAGCCGUGUCAAAAACCGACGUGACAGAUCUGUACGAUACGUGCAAAAGCUCGUUAAUCCUGAUGUGCAAUUCAGCGACGAAAGUCAGGAGUCAAUUGCGUGAUUUGUUUCUAAAAGCUCUGACGAUCGAAGAGUUUUCUCCUUCAAUGGCAACCGUCACUAGCUGCCUCUCUUCCUUGCUCCAGAAUAAUGCAUCAGGAGAUGAUACUCCAGACCACGUUCCAGAGUACAAAGUAUCAUCCGAUCUGAUCUUCAUUCGCUGUCUCACUCAUCUAGCCGAGCCCGACCAGGUGGAAAGGAAUAAAAACAUCCUGCUGUUUCUAGACGAAUAUUCGGGAGACGUUCAUAAGAACCUCAAAACCUCGUGGAAAGUCGAAGUGGAACGGCUGUUGAAGUUUGUAAUGAAGGACGAGCCCAAUGACCAAUGGCACAGUAUGUUAUUGGAAUUCCUAGUGACGGCCAUAGAACAGGUGAACAGCAAUAAAUGGGUGGAGAAUGUAGCAACAAUGCUAUCGCACGAAAUUCUAACAAUAAAACAACCGCCGAUGAUCAAGGGGGUCUCUUUGCAAAUGCUGGCGACUUUAGCGUGCCACAUGUCCAAUGCAGCUGUAGUAGAGCAAGUGUUGAAGAUAAUAUUUCUAGCUCUAAAGUCGAUACCAAUGGAAAGUGUAGAAUACGUGAGUGCCGCUGUCGGUAUAGCGUCCCAACAACACGGAGAAUACGUAAUGAACGAUCUAGACGCCUUCUUCAAAGACAUAGAGGCUAAACGAAGCAGCAAACUCCUCAAUUUCAUAUCUUCGAGACAUUCCAAAAACGAGGCUGAAAUUAACGUCUCCAAAUACGCUGUGAUACUCUGUUACGGAAAGAUUGCUCAGAAUUGUAUAGAUGUUCAUGUUUUGGCGCGGCUCGGGGAAAAUGUCACCGCCAUUUUGUUAGACAUCCUUAAAUCUAAUCCGCCAUUAGACCUUUGCUGUGCUAGUCUCACCACGUUGUACGAAAUAAGCAAAGCUUUGUACCCAGCGUCGCAUCACAAUGUGACCAUACGGAACCGUUGGCAGUUACUAAACGCGGUUUUGGAACAAAUCUACAAUCCCAACUUGGACAAGCAAAGUGUAAAACCGUACCCGCUAGUCGUGAAAGCGUCUAAAGAGCUAACCAAACUACAGAAAGGAAUACUGCCUGAAGAACGGAACACUAUAAUUAGAGUUUUGUUUACCACAAUAUUUACUGAAUUAUCUUCGUUGAAAAAGAAGUAUACAGCUGAUGGCAAUGGGGAUGAGAGUGAUAAGUUGGCUAAAACCCUAAACGACAGCUUGACUUUGCUCCAUGAUUUAAUACGAGAGAUAAUCCUGCAAUCCACUUGCAUCAGUACUUUAGACGACAUCGUAUCUCUUCUCACCGAAUGGCUGCGAAACGAAAACGAUGAAAUCCGAACAGCAUCCAUGCAAAUAUUCCAGCUAACCCUGGAUACUUAUCUAAAGAACGUCAAACUAAACUACGAAACCCCAAGCAAAUUCGGGCAAAUGGGAUACCUGCUGGGUCUAAUAACCCCUGGAAUUGCCGACACGAAUUUCCCAGUCAGACUGUUAGCUAUCGACUGCAUCAAACUCACAAUCCAGAUCCAGUACUUAUACGAAGGGGCUACCAUAGAACCCAACGACGAAUGCAUGACAAAACUCACAGCUAUAAGCAACAACAUUCUAAGCAAUGAUUUGGGGAUGAUCGCCGACUAUUCCAUGGACGUUUGUGAGACGAUUUGCGAGAAAAUUCCGCAUCAGCAUAUGAUGCAGUUUAUUGAGUGUCUUUUGGAAGGUUAUGUCGAUGAUGAGUUUAUAAGCACGGGUGUUAGUUCGGUUUUGGAGGCUUUGUUUCUGAAGAAGGGUCUGGAUUUGUUCCAGAGUAUAGAGAGGAUAGUGGAGGUGGUUUUGGAGGGGAUGGACGAGGUGGGUCCGGAGGCGAGACAGAGGUUGUUGAAGCCGCUGACUGCACUAGCGAGGCAUCACUCUAACGCUGUUACUGCUGUGCUUUUGGCCCAGAAGAUCCCUCUGAGACCGAGUGUAGUAUCGUGCUGGCGCCACCUAGCGACGGACGAGAGCUUGUCGGUCGCCAUCUUGGAUAAUUUCCUCAGAAUGAUGACCUCAAUAGAGUUGUUCGAAGACCCCUACCACAUCACUGAGAACCACAUUGCAGCUUUACAGCCAUUGACGCUAAUAAGCGCUCUAGGCGAGAUGCUACAACAGCCAUCAAUCUCCAAGCUGUGCGUGUCGAAGUUUCCAGAACUAUUCACGGUGCUCUACACGACACUAUCCUGCUAUAUGGACGCCGACCCGCCCGCCUACUCCGUGCCUUCGAAUAAGGGAUUAGAGAGGAUCGGGUUCAUACCUAAUAGGGAAGCGAUAAGGCUAUCGCCGGCUACGAUCGCUAUGGGGACGUUGAACGCGUUUUUGGAAAGAGCUGAUUGUCCGAAGGUAGCAGAAGCCUGCACGCUGAUCACAAAAGGCGCGUCAACCGCCGAACUGGCAACCCUAGUGUGUUCGGCCCUAGUGACGUCACAGUCGCUAGUGACGUCCCACUCGCUAGUGAAGUGCCACGGCGCACUAGUGACGUGCUUGUGUGCGCAGGCAAGAUGCGAGUUGGCUCCGAGGCGGGCCGCGGCGGUCGCUUUGUUGGGACAGAUGCUGUAUUAUAGAUGCAACGACAACCCAGUGCUCGCCGAGACGGUGCUGUCCACGCUACUGUCCGCGUGUAAGGACAGCUCGGCCGAGGUCAGUGCGCUGGCGGCGCGCGGGCUGGCGCACUCGCCCGACCACUCGCUCGGUGUAGCGGUGGCCGCGUUGGCCGCGGCUUUGGAUGCUGAGUCGGCUAGCCAACCCCGCGACAACGUGCCCCUAGCGGCCAUGUGCGCACUGUGCGCACUCAUAUCCAACAGUGCGCACAUCGAGGCGGAGAGCGCACGGCUGCUGCUGGUGGUCGCGCAGAAGAUACGCCCCUUUAUGCGCACUGCCGCUGUGGCGAUGAGGGAGAACUCGGUUAAGCUGUUUGGUGUGAUAGCAAGCAAGGUGUCGUCGGAGAGUCUGUGUGAACAGGCCCUCAAUUCUGUGCCCGGCUUCCUCAUACACCUGUGGGACGAUAGCGCCGCGGUGGUUAGGGCAACAAAGCAGACCCUCAAAUCCAUUUUCUCCAUCCUAAAAACCCCUAAAACCCUGACCUUCGUGACCACCCACCUAACCCCAUCCACUCGGGCGUCCAGUGCCUUGGUCUGUGACCUCCUCAGGACUCUAUGCGGGGAGAGGCCAGACGCGCCGGUCGCUGGUUUGAACAAUGCUGCCAAUUAUCUGAGGGGACCCAAUGCCGGCCCGGCGGUUAUUGUUGUUGGUCAACUAUUCCACGAGCUAUACAACCUGCGCGACACUCACCCAGAACAGGCAACAUUAGACGCAGAAGUCACAGACAACUGCCGCACCCGCCUCAUACAACUCAUCAAGGAUCCAGACCCGUUGGUCCGACUACACUCGGCCCAAGCUCUGUCUUAUUUGGCCCUGUUUGAGGCGGCCCGGUGACCGCCUUGGGUCCGCAAGAUUGGGCCCGGACAGUGGCCAAAUUGUUUGUUGUAGUUUUUUUUGUGUUAGGGAGA